AUGGACGACCGAGCGAGCGACGACGUCUGCGCGCUUCUGACGACGGUCUGCGCCGGCGACGCCACCAACCCGGACUGGGGGGUCAUCCUAGAGCUCUGCGAUGUAGUGGGCGCCAGCCCUGCAGACGGAGAGGCAACGAGCCGCGCGAUCCAGCGCCUCCUCAGCCGCCGCGAGAGCGAAGACCAUGUCUCAUUGGCGCUUCUUACGACAGAGACGAUCAUGAAGAACUGCCCGUCGUUCGUCAACCUUGUGGCCCACCGACUUUUUCUUCAAGAAAUCGUCGCCCUAGUGGACGGUGAUGGCCGGUAUCCCGACGCAAGUGCCCGAGCGCUGCGCAUGCUGCAAGAAUGGUCGACCGAGUAUCCGUCCCAGCCUGUGUUUCGUGAUACGUUUAUGCAGCUCCAGCUGCAGAGUGCGUCGGCCGGCAGCGUCGACGUUGACGACAGGACGCCAGUCGCCAAGCCAUCGCUUGCACUUGAGUUUGAUAAGCUGCGCCAAGACCUCGUCGUGGUGGAGGACAAGAUCAAGACGUACGUCAACCUUGUGGCGCUCGGCAACUGUGAAGACGCCGAAGAUGUUUUGGACUUCCUGCAGCAAUGCCAACCGCGCAUGAACACGCUCAUUGAGGCCGGCCUUGCGGGCAAGCUUGACGAGGCAACUCUGGAAACGUGCCUCACGGUGAACGAUCGACUGAUCAAGGUGCUCGAGGGCAACGUAAGCGCUGACGACGACAGUGAACCGAAGGCCCCUGCCCCGUACAGUCUUAACGACACAAGCCCCGACUACGUCUCAGGUCCGUUCUCGACGAUUGCUCUUUCGGAGCCCCCGCCUGCACCCCACCGCUACCACCCGGACAUGGUCUAG